AUAAAAUGGAGAAGAAACGGUUCCUUGUUUCGUUCUCUGACGAAUCCGGCAAUUUUGCCGACGCCGACGAAGAUUCCACUUCCCAAGAUUCUCAUUCCCUCUCACCAAUCCUUGAGGAAGGAAGAUCACCAACUAAUUCGACCCUGGACCAAGACCCGGAUCCAAUUCCAGGGAGUCCCACUGCCUUCUGUUCGUUCCGACAAGAUUCGAUGAAAAUAAGGAUUUCUUGCAAGUUUGAAACUUCCAAUGAAUUUAAAGGGGUCAAGAAAGAGGUUCUCAAGGACAAUCAGGUCGAGGAUGCACAGGAUUCGGGAUUGAUCUCUGAUUCAGUUCCGGAUUCCAACGUGGAAGCAAGAUCUGAAGAUCAGGACUUGAGUUUAGAAGAAAAAGCUGAAUCUUUUGGUGUUCUGGAAAGCGAUGAAAAAAGAUGGAAGGGAGCAAACCUCGAUCAAAUGGAUGCACUAAAUGAGAAGAAAGGCGAAGAGGAAAUUGAAAACACCCAAGGCUACUUUACUGAGAUGAGCCAUCCUCUAGGGGAAAGAAAUAUUUUAGUACAGGAAGAUAACUUGGCCGUUGGGGAAAAUGUGUCCGAUUCUUUGAUAACUGAACACGAUAAAUUGGAGGAAACUCAGACGUUUGUGAAGACUGAAAAUGAUCAUAUUGAAGCGAACAAGGACCUCCUAAAGGCCGAAAAGAAUGAUUUGGAAGAGAACAAGGUCAUCUUGAAGACUGAACAGGAUGAUAUGGUAGAAAGCAAGGGGUUCCUAAAGGGCAAAAAGAAUGAUUUGGAAGAAAGCCAGGAAGAAUUUCUGAAUGCUGAAAAGGACGAAGUGGAAGAAAAUGAUGGAUUUCAGAAGGCUGAAUUGAAUGAUUUGAAAGACGACUAUGGCUUCCAAAUGGUCAACAAUGAUCGCAAUAAAGAGAACAAAGGCUUCUUGAAGGCUGAAAAUGAUGGUUCGAAAGAAAGCCAGGGAGGCUUUCUGAAUGCUGAAAAGGACGAAGUGGGAGAAAAUGAUGGAUUUCAGAAGGCUGAAUUGGAUGAUUUGAAAGACGACUAUGGCUUCCAAAUGGCCAAAAAUGAUCUCAUGAAACAGAACAAAGACCUCUUGAAGGCUGAAAAUGAUAAUAUGGAAGAAACUAAGGGCUUCCUGACUGCUGAAAAUGACGAUAUGGAAGAAAAUAAGGGCCUCAAGAAGGUUGAAAAGGAUGAUGUGCAAGAUUCUCAAUCAUAUUUGAAGACUGGAAAAAAUUAUGCGGAGGAAAGCGAAGAGUUUAAAAAGACUGACGAGGAUCAUUUGGACGAAAGCAAAAAUGACAAGUCUAGCGAGACAUCUUUCAAGGACAAUGCCACGGAGGACCAUCACGAAAAAAGGCUCUUUUCCUUUUGGGGAUUUAAGGGUUUCAAGAAGAGAGAACGACGAGAUGACAGUAAAGAACGGGAUAAAGAUUCCACUUCGUCAAGUCGCCGUUUUGCCAUCGUCCCAGUCUUAGAAAGGUCAAGGAUGAAAAGGAUGGAUCAAGAGAACGAUUCCAAAGAUAGGGAAGAAGUGCAAUAUACCCAAAGAUAUGAGGUUGAUAACUAUUCCAAAUCAGAAGACUUUGAUCGUAAAGAAAAAUAUCACCUUUUUACUUCAACGCCCAUAGCUGCCAAAACAAUCAAGCAAGAACCCUUGGAGCAUGAACAUACUUUAGAAACUUCAACCGAGAUCGACCCCAAUCCCAAGUUGACAGAAACGAUUCAGGUGAAGGAAGAAAAACAAGAAAAGCCUACUAUCGGAACCGAGAAUGAAGAUGAUGAUUCAGCUUUUUUUGAUGGACAAGUCGAUAAUCAAGAGACCCUUGGUAAUCAGGAGGAAACAAAUGGAGUAGAGGACUCAGUUGCUAAUUUUGAAUGGGAGAAACAGCAGAAAAAAAACUCGCUCCAGACUGAAUUUAGUCAUCAAGAUGAUAUCUUGCACUCAAAGGAACUGGAUCGUACUUCAGAUGAGGGUUGCCAGUGUUUGAACCUGUCCCCUUGUUCCGAACAAAAAAAGGAACCUUCCAAAGCUUUUGAAGAUCUCCCAAUGCAACAAGAUCGGGAUCAAGUAGACAAAGUGAGUUAUGCUUCUCAGAAUAUUAUGAUUAACGAAAAGGACUACCAAGAGACCAACGAAAAAGCAAGGAGAGAAGGGUCCGCCGGUCCAAAAUCGACCGAUUCUUACCACAAGGACACCAAUCAAUCUGAUGAAGAGGAUAGUGAGCCUCUUGACGACGGCGAUCUUGGUAGAUUAUUCGAUGAGCCUUUUAUCAUCCAAGUUCAGCGAGAAGAAGGCUAUUCAUUGGAAUGCCAGCGAAACGAUGGGUUGGAUUCGGCAAAUGGAUCAAUAGACGAGGCUGAAAGCUUUGAUAAGAAGAGAGAGCAACAGCCUCUAGACAUCUGCAAGCUAUGCGAGCUCUCUGAACAAAGGAGCGUGGAGCCAGUAAGCGAGACAGGCCAAAGAGCCUUUGCUGAUAUCAAUGCCUCAAACUCGUUGAACCCUGCACAGCAAGACGGUUCGGAUUCAGAACAAUUUUAUGACUUAGAGGAAGGUAGUGAUUUGUCACUCAAUGAGGAUGCUAUUCUUGAAUGCCAUGCAGACCGAAAAAGAAGACCUGAAGAAUUAACCAACGAUAGACCAAAAAACACUCAUAAGAUGGAAUAUCUGGCGCUUGAAUCCCAAAAUACUAUGCGAGAUCUUACUAAAACAGAUUGGAGAGAAUUCGCGUCUCAUGAGUCCCCUCCGAUCACGCCGCACGUCAAUGACCAAGAUUUGCCGCUGAAACAGGAUGUUUUCGAAAAUGAAGACACCGAGCGUAAUACGAGGAGGAUGGAUGAAGCUCAGGACAGUCUGGUCCAAAAUGAAAAUGUCGAUGAUCGAGAUUGCCUCGGACUAAAACCAAGCGGGGAACAAGUACCAAGCGGGGAACAAGUGUUAGACAAGAAAGGCGGUUUGGAAAGGGAGUGCAAAAAGGCUUGUGGAUGUCCAAACUUGAAGGUGUCGAUAUUCGUUGGUCCUUUGGAUCAGAAUGAGAAUCUUCAUGUCCGGAUAAGAAAUUCUUGUUGCAAUGCAAAAUUGUCGAUCCGUCAAAAGGCUGGAAAAGAGCAGAAUAAUCAUGGCAAUUCAUUGGAACAAGAUCAAGAUCCCGUCAGUAUUCUUAUCUCAGGGGAACUGAAACACAAAUUGGAGCAACUAGAUGCGAUUCAAAAUCAAGAUUUCACUCCAGACGAAGUCCAAGAAUUGGCUAAAGUGGUUCGAGGCAUCGUUUUCAAAAACGAUUAUGAAAAAGACAAUCACGAACGCUGUCAAGAAGAAGAUGAAGAAGGGCAAAAAAAUCAUGAAGAAAAAUAACUCUAGCUUAAUUGCGAUGCUGGAAUAGGCACUGGAAAAGCAACUCUGUAGUGUACGUAACCAAUCAAAUUUUUAAAUGAUCCACUCGUUUGAGUUUCAUAAGAUUCGUUUACACUAGAAACAAGGAAAUAAACAUCAAAACGAGUCACAGUAA